AGCGUUGCUUCCGUCACCCGCGAAUCGUUUUUCGUUUCCCAUCUGGCUCGCUCGUUCGCUUCCCCCGUACCAGGCGGCGGCGUGAAUCGGGGACACGGGGGCGGCCCAGGCUGAACCGCGGGCGGUGGCGGAUCGGCGGCGGCGGCGGCGGCGUCUUUCCAGGACUUUGUCUGUCUAAGCCAAAUUAGUGCAUUGCAGAGAGAAAAAUGGUCAUGGAGUUGAUAAAUGCUAACCCUGUGGUACAUGAGAGAAAAGAGAGACACACCAGACAAGCACCUGAAAGCACAGAUGAAAGUGCAGUGGAGCUCAUAGACCAGCUAGAAAUAUUUGAUAUCCUUUUUAUUGUCUUCCCUCAUAUUAGAGAUAUAAAGGACCCUGAGCACCCAUACUCAUUGGAAGAGCUUAAUGUGGUAACUGAAGACUCGGUCGAAAUCAGUAAUGAACUCAGUCAUGUCAGGGUCACUUUCACCCCAACAGUGGAGCAUUGCAGUAUGGCAACUCUUAUUGGCCUUUGCUUACGUGUGAAGCUCAUGCGGAGUCUUCCUCCUCAUUACAAGGUGGACAUAAGGGUGGCGCCUGGAUCACAUGCAACUGAAGCUGCAUUGAACAAGCAACUGAACGACAAAGAACGUGUUGCGGCUGCAUUGGAAAACUCAAACCUGCUGGAUACAGUUGAGGAGUGCCUGUCGCCAACUCUUGGUUGAGACGUGAAUUAAAACUGGAAUUGCCAAUGCGUUGAUGUGCUUACAGACUACCGUAGAUUAAUUUCAUCCGAGAUAAAUACCUUGGAUGGUGCAGGUCGUGUGCAUGAACUUUUGGUGCCCUGCGCCUUUCUGUAAGAAUGUUGCUGCUGCUUCAGCUCUUAUAUCAUAAUCUGUCUGCCGUUUUCCAUUUUC